UGAAAUCGACAGUUACUUACAUUCUCCAAACAAAAAACAUGUCUUGUUCCACUACCUUCUGAUCUUGUCGUUUUUUCACUUCUUCUAUAAUCUUCUCUUUCUUUUCUUCACCGUUUCAGAUUCAACAAUCCCUCUCUCACCAAACCCACUUCCCAUCUUCUCUAUUUAACACUCUUCUUACAUAAAUUUCCAAACUUUCCUUCUUUUGUAUUGGUUCAAGAGAGAGAGAGAGAGAGAGAGAGAAACAUGUCUGGGAGAGAUCUAGAGAGAGAUGGAGGGAACAAGAACAACAACAAUCAUGCAUAUGCUGUUCCACCAACUUCAAGUGGUUAUGAUCCAGAAACUAGUUGGACAUCAUGGCUUGUACCUAUGUUUGUUGUGGCUAAUCUUGUUGUUUUUGUUGUAGCUAUGUAUAUUAAUAAUUGUCCUAGUAAAAAUCUUGGUUUUGAUGGUGCUUGUGUUUUGAAGUUUCUUGGGAGAUUCUCUUUUCAGCCUUUGAAAGAGAAUCCUUUGCUUGGUCCUUCUUCGGAAACACUAACGAAGAUGGGAGCCCUUAAGUGGGAUGCUGUUGUGAAUCAUCACCAAGGAUGGAGACUUGUCUCAUGCAUUUGGUUACAUGCUGGAAUCAUUCAUUUGGCAGCAAACAUGAUCAGUCUGGUCUUCAUUGGAAUUCGCCUCGAACAACAAUUUGGGUUCGUGAGGAUAGGAAUCGUUUACCUAGUAUCUGGAUUCGGCGGGAGCAUACUAUCUGCUCUAUUCAUUAGAAAAAGCAUCUCCGUUGGGGCUUCCGGUGCUCUUUUUGGACUUCUUGGAGCCAUGCUUUCAGAACUUAUCACAAACUGGAGCAUUUACACUAAUAAAGUAGCUGCUCUGAUGACACUUCUCUUUAUUAUUGUCAUCAAUCUGGUGAUUGGAAUGUUGCCACAUGUCGACAAUUUCGCUCAUAUUGGGGGAUUCUUGACAGGAUUUCUCCUUGGUUUCAUUUUCCUUCCCCGUCCUCAAUUUGGUUGGUUAGCACAGCGACACGUUCCUGCUGGUGUUCGCCUCAAGUCUAAGUACAAGGUUUACCAAUAUGUUCUUUGGGUUGUAUCUCUUGUACUAUUGAUUGCUGGGUUAUGCAUUGGUUUAGUGAUGCUAUUGCGGGGCGAAAGUGGAUAUGACCACUGCCAUUGGUGUCACUACCUGACAUGUGUUCCAACUUCUAAAUGGAAAUGCGAUGACAGCUAAACGAAUAGGCCUGCGCUAAUCCUGUUCUUUUAUGUAUAGCUAUGACUUUUACAAAUUGUUUCUUUUUUUUGUUAACUCCUUAUAAGAAUCAGUUAUUAGUUUGUCUUUGCAUUUAUGUGUAUUUUGUGUGGCACAAAUAUAUAUCAUAUAGAUAAAGGAAUUUAUUUGUACAUGAAGUUUCUAUUUCAAUAAUAUAUUUUACCGGUUGCAAAAGA